UGCACUCCUAUCCGUCGCAUAUUGGUUCCGCGCGCGAUCCUGCCCAACGGCGGCUGAGACUGGGAGGAGCUUGUUCGUCGGGCAGUGGCUAGCCUGCGACCCUUACCUCCUUCCGCCAUGGCGCGCUACUCCCCGCGACGCCUCAUGCUCUGGCCUGGUCGGUACUACCCCUUCAUCGCCAUCGUCCUGUUCCUCACAGUAACAUGGUACUACCUCUACUUCGGCGAGGACAUCUUCUAUACCCCGCACAUUCUUGAAGAGUUCGAAUUCGCGUCACCGCCCAUCGCAGACCACGUCGCCCUCGAGCUUGCCGACAUCAUCCACCCUCCCAUUCACAAUGACGAGCCGGAAGUGGACCCGCCGAGCGCAGUCCUCGCGCCCCCUUCGGACUCGCCAUGGUGCCAGUUCGCCGAGUGCGGCGUUGGCAAGUGGGUUCCCAGAGUCCCCGCCGUGGAGACGCUGGUCUUCGGCGAACCGCCUAGCUGCCGUCGUCCUAUCGACAUCCACGGCGACCCCAUACCAGAGGACGUACGUCCCCAGAUUGAGGUUCAACGCUCCCUCGACAUCAUCAACUGGGAUUGGGUGCCAUCUCGCGGCAAGCUCAUGGACUUGGAUAUGAUGGAGCUGGCUGUCCGUCUCCUGCAGAGUCCCGGUGGACUCAUUAUGAUCGGAGACUCGCUCACCGUGCAGCAUCGCGACACAUUCUCCGUUGGUUUCCCCUCCGUUGGUAUUCACGUCGAGGUCGACCCGCCCCAUCUUCAAGACUUGGGUUACUCUAAGCAGGAUUAUGUCUCGCACUGGGUGGUGCGGAACAACACGCCGGCGUGGAAGACAUUGAUGGAGCGGGCGAAUGUUCCGGAAUCGCGUAUGGAGCGCCCGUUGCUGACGGUCAUCCAGUACCACCUAUCCGUCAAUGAGACCGAGAUUCGAGCUUUGACGGAGGGACCUGAGGACGCGCAGUGGUCUCAUGGUUCUGGGCGAGGCGCUCACCCGCGCGCGCCGGGCUUCCAGGAGCUCGUGGUAUCGCUGGCUACACCCAUACCUGAGCAUGCCGAUACAGUCACGAAGGACACCGUCGUCCUGUUUAACACAGGCGCCCAUGUGGGUGCACUGUUUUGAUUCCAUCUCCUCUCUGACCGGCGUUCUAGUGGUCUCGUGGUGUUAU